UUUGCGCCCGCAGCAGCUCCACAGUGCGUACUUGUGUUUUAUUGAUGAUGAUGAUGAUGAUGAUGGUGUGGUAACCUGAUGAGAGAGCCAGUUGCCACGGCGGCUGCUGCCAUGUCGUACCAUCCUCAUCUCGGUGCCGCUCAGCCCUCGUUCCUCGCCGCGCUGUCUCUACCAGAUGUCGCCCUGUCGGAGCGCUAUUCCUCCUCCGCCUCUGACGCGCGGCGGCGCGCGGAUCUGCGCCGCCAGCCUCAAGUGGCUCCUCCGCGCUCCCUGACGAGCCUGCAGCUCGAACCUGGACCCGAUGAUGACCCGGUCGUCACACUGGAGUCAAAGAAUCUGUGGGAUGAAUUUCACAACAUGGGGACCGAGAUGGUGAUUACAAGGUCUGGAAGGAGGAUGUUCCCGCCUUUUAAAGUGACAGUAGACGGGCUGCAGGAGUCGGACAAGUACAUCAUGCUAAUGGACAUCGUCGCUGUCGAUGAAUGCCGUUACAAGUUUCACAACUCCCGCUGGAAGGUGGCGGGGAAAGCUGACCCUGAGAUGCCAAAGCGUAUGUACAUUCACCCAGACAGCCCCUCCAAAGGAGAGCAGUGGAUGAGCAAACCCGUCACUUUUCACAAACUCAAACUCACCAACAAUAUUUCCGACAAGCACGGGUUUACAGUUUUGAAUUCGAUGCAUAAAUACCAGCCCAGAUUUCACAUUGUGAGAGCCAACGACAUAAUAAAGCUUCCGUACAGCACCUUCCGGACUUAUGUUUUCCCAGAGAUGGAGUUCAUCGCUGUCACUGCCUAUCAGAAUGAAAAGAUUACGCAGCUGAAAAUCGACAACAACCCCUUUGCCAAAGGAUUCAGAGACACAGGGAAUGGGAAACGAGAAAAGAGGAGCAAACAACGAAACCCAAGUGUGCUGCACGAGGGCCAAAGCGCAGCGGAGCAGGAGAGCGGCGAUUCUGAUGACUCGGGUGAACAACGCAGCACGAGCGAUUCCAUCUGUUCCCCUCUGGAGCUGGUCAGCAGCCCCCUGAUGUCCACACCAUCCUGCUUCGACGAGAACAACACUGGGUGUGAUUCGGAUUGUGAUCGACAAAGCGAGGACCCAGCUGAAGCCAACGGUUCCUGGGAUAAAUAUGCACCUGCUCCGAGUCUGAGAAGUGAGGAGCUCCUGCGUAACAGGUCUGCUCUUAGUAAGAGUCAUGACUGCCAGGAGGCAACCAAUGAAAGGACAGUGUUCAGAACAUCAGAUGAUAUGUACUCCACGAAGAGGGACUCGUCAAUAGAGCACAUGGGUGAAAUCCUGUCGUCUCUCAGAUGUGGUCGCCAUCAGACUUUGGAUUUUUCAGGUGCAAACAGGCAACACUUGCUGAAGUUUGGUGCGCCUCUGUUGUUUCACCCUGGACAAUUGACAGUGAAGCCAGAGGCUUUCCCCACUACGACGACAGGACAUCGAUUUUCCUCUUUGUCUGGAGUGGAUGAACUAGUAAGUGGAGAGCUGACUCUUCAAAGCAUCACCUCUGCGUCUCCCUUCAUGGCUCACCUGUCACAACACACGCUGGCAUCUCAGGGAAUCCCACUGUCACCAUAUGGAGGAUAUCCGUACUGCUACGUGGCUGCCCCAGCUGCUCUCCCCGCUUCUUCUGCAACCCUGUCUCUCUCCAGAAACCACUGUGCGCAUGGAUCUCGACCUUGGUUGCGAUUUAGCCCCUAUCAUCUCCCGUCAUCUGCCACCUCACACCCAUGCCCGCUCACAGAGUUUUCGUCUGGGAGUUCACACGCACAGUUCAAACCAGACAGCAGGAAGCCAGGUCCCGUUUGUGUCGAUCACAGCUACGAGAAGGCCAAGCAGAGGACUGCUCCACUUCAAACCACCUCUAAAGCGUCUGUAUACGAGGUGCUCAGAGGAGCUGAUAAACCACGUACCCCACGCUAAACUCUCCUAUUGUUGGGAUGGACAAUGAUGAAAAAAGGCAUUUCAUUGACAUAAUGUUAUGAUCAUAAUGCACAUUACGAUCAAAGAACAGUAGGUAUUGCUGCUAUACUGAAUAACUCCAUCACAGACUCGGGGUGUGAAUCACAAGGUACCUCAUGAUAUGUGAUGCCAAUAAUAUCACAAUACCAUAACGAUUCUGUGAUAAUCAAUAUAUUGCAAGACAAUCAUAUAGCGAUAUAUCACGAUAUCUGUCCAAGUAACGAAAACAGUGAAUCGUAAUCAGUGAAACGUUAAAAGUCCAGGAUUUUUCUAUUUAUUCACAACGUAGAGAACACAUUGCAUAAAGUCUAUGUGUUCAACGUGGAUGAGGCGUUUCUUUUAUGACAAUAUAUCACCUAAUAGAUAUUUUGACCCUAUUACAGACCCGACUACGAUCGAAAUCUUGGAAAAUCAGCAAAUCUUUUAAAGUCAUUUUUUUGUUUUUUUCGUAAAAACAUGGCUGCCAGUGAGGACAAGAAGACAGACAGGGAGUGAGUGGUCAAUACUUACUACCUAUAACCACACUGCAAUAAAAACAAUACAAUAAACACCACGAGUCAGCCAUAAGCCACCAAUGCCAUACUUGUGUAUUUCCACCUUGGAACUGUAAUAAUGUAAUAAUAAUAAAAAAAAAACAUUAUAUGUGGAAUACAGAGUUGCAAUCAUUGCCACGUGGGCAUUUUCAAUUGCAUUACCUGUACAAGAGGUCACAGUUUUAUCAAAGGUUCAACACCAUUUAAAGAGUUGUUUUCAUGUCAUGUCUAGGGCUCCAUACAAGCAUGUUGUGCUGUGGUCAUGCAGGACAUGCAGUAAGUCAAUGCCACUUUGGCGAAAACUAAAACCAGUGUUCUCCUGAUGUCACAUCCGUAACUUGACAUCGCAUGUGUGACACUAAACGUUUUAUCUGGUGCAGAGCAAAUAUUUGCAUUCGGUGUUCCGUGGUGUUAAGAAACUACAGUGGCCUUUGCAUCCCAGAAAUGAUAUUAACACUCUUUCAAUUUCCCUCUCUCUCUCUGUCUCUCACUCUCUGCUUCUUCCUUAUCACUUAUUACUUUAUGUAUCAGGGUCAUGUGAGCGGAGCCAUUCUUCUGCAUUUGUGAAGAAUGUAUAUAAGAAGUAAAAAGUACUUCUAAGGCUAUAAAACAACAAACUACUUUUAUUUUAAAGCAAUGAUACAUUUAUCAUCAAUCAAAUUGUAGCACUCUGGACCUCUAAGACCUUACCCAUACCCGCCUGCUUCUUGAUUUGCCUGCAUGCUUGACUGUGAUGCCAAUUGCCCAUCAUCUCUUUGUACUUUUGCCUGCUUGGUUUAUUUGCCUUGUUUCCACAGUAAAGACUCUUUGCCUGC